AUGGAAAUGAAGACGGAGCUUGCUAGGCCUUCUGCUGCUGGAGGAGCAAAGACAACCAGCAGCAUCAGCACAAGCAGCACCAGCAACAGCAACAACAGCAAUGGCAGCAGCUGCAACAGCAGCAGCAGCAGCGGCUGCAGUAGCAAUAGACACUACAGCAGCAGCAGCAACGGCUGCAGUAGCAACAGCAAGUACAGCAGCAGCAGCAGCAGCAACGACAACAGCGAUUGCCGCGACAACAAAACGACCAAAUUCGCGCAGCCCAUGAGGCCCACAGCAGCAGCAGCAGCAGCAGCAGCAGCAACAGCAGCAGCAACCGAAGCCCCAGAACGUUCAUCAUCAGCGGCAGCAACCACAGCAGCAGCAGCAGCAGCAGCAACAGCAGCAGCAUCAAGCCCUGAGAGCGUAGCCCCCUCAUCAGCACCUGCAGGUGGAGCUGGGCCUGCAUUGCCGGCUUCUGCAGCAGCAUCUGAAGCCCCCGACUCAGCAGCAGCAGCAGCAGCAGGAGCAGCAGCAGCAGCAGCAGGAGCAGCAGCAGGUGUGUUAAGAAGAUCUAAGAUAUCUGUGGAGGAGCUGCAGCGGCUGUAUGCUGCUGAGGGGCAGCAAAAGACAGAGGAGUGCAGCACGUACCCGCUGCGGGUUAUAUUGAGCUGCAAGGGCCUUCAUACAGACUUUCAUACAGACACAGGAGUGUCCAGUGGUUCUUCUAGUAAGAUAUUUCAGCACUAUGUGCUGAAGCAGCGGAUAGGGUCGGGCUCGUGGGGUGAGGUCUUCGUGGCGGUGGAGAGAGUCUCAGGCAUACAACGCGCUGUAAAAAGAAUACCGAAAAGCACGCCACACGCAGUGGCGAUGGCUCGCGAGGAGGUUGCGUUGAUGCGGGAGAUGGAUCACCCCAACAUCGUUAAGGUGAUGGAGUUGUGUCGUGGGGGGGAGUUGUUUGAUGAGUUGGCUAAGGGCAGCAGCAGCAGCUGCAGCUGCAGCUGCAGCAGCAGCAGCAACUGCAGCUGCGACGGCCGCUGCCGCAUACCCAGCAGCCGCCCCCGUCCUCGCUUCUCCAGACACGAGGCUGCGCUGAUUAUGUAUCAAGUGCUGUCUGCUGCUCACUGCUGCCACCAACACGGCAUAUGCCACAGGGAUAUAAAGCCAGAGAAUUUCUUGCUGGCUGAGCCCGGCAGCCUGGCGCUGAAGCUGACGGACUUUGGCUUGGCUCGUCGCUUCUCGCGUCGCCGGGGCCCCCCCAGGCGUGAGUCGUUGAUGGAUAUUGUAGAAGCAGCAGUUGCUGCUGCAACUCCUGCUGCUCCUGCUGCUGCUGCUGCUGCUGCUCCUGGUGCUGCAGCUGCUGCUGCUACUGCUGCUGCUGCUGCUACACCCGCUGCUGCAGUCCGCGCUGCUCUACAUACUGCUGCUGCCGGAUCAACAGACGCUGCUCAGGCCUUCAACAGCCAGGCAGUUGGGUUGGCUGAGGGGAGCUUGCUGCAGCAAGAGCAGCAGCAGCAGCAGCAGCAGCAGCAGCAGCAACAGGAUGAAGGGAAGGUGCUGCUGCAGUCUGUUGCUGGAACUGUUUGCUUCGCUGCGCCGGAGGUGCUGCGGCUGUCUGCCGAUAUUAUGAGUAAGACCGAGGCCAUACGGCAGCAGCAGCAGCAGCAGCAGCAGCAGCAGCAGCAGCAGCAAGAAGAAGAAGAAGAAGAAGAAGAAGAAGAAGAAGAAGGAGAAGAAGGCAUAGCUGUGCAGCAGCAGGAAGCUCCACUGGGAGAGCAGCAGCAGGCUACGGACUCGCAGCAGCAACAGCAGCAGCAGCAGCAGCAGCAGCAGCAGCUGCAGCGGGGGGGGUAUGAUGGUGAGCGCGCUGACGCGUGGAGCUGUGGGGUGAUGCUGUAUCUCCUCCUCUGCGGGGAGCUGCCCUUUGAUGGCCCCGAUGAUGCUGCUGUUGCCUACAAUGUGCUGCACGGCAAGCUGGAGUUUACUCACCCCGUGUGGCUUGAGGUGCCUGAGGAGACAGUUGAGCUGGUGGUGGCGCUGCUGGAGAGAGACCCAGACUGGCGGCUGCUGGUGGGGGAGGCUCUCGGCAGCAGCUUCUUCAGCAGCUUGCUGCCGCUGCACCUCCCCAUACCAGCAGCAGCAGCAGCAGCAGCAAAGAAGAAGAAGAAGGAGAAGAAGGCAUAG